CUUUUUACUCGUUAAUUCCCCUUGCAAUUGCAGGCAAACUCGAUCUGAUUGCUUUUUCCCCUUCUCAAAGAUCUGAUAACAUCUCUCCCACCACCACAACCACACACACAUACACGCAACCACCAACAACCAUCAGAUACGACCAAUCACAGUUCACGCUCAGCGUAACUUCCUCCACAGAGCAGUCGCACCUGCCGUCGCAGGUCGCUCACCAUGUCUGAGGACAUUGGCCCCUCCAUCGUCGCUCGUCCUUCUCCAAUUCCACUUCAACAACAACAUCGUCCUUCUCCUCAUCCUCAAUCGCGUUCUCACUCCACUUCUUCUGCUUCUUCUCCAACUGCAUCAGCAUGUGCAUCUCCUAAACCUUUCGUCCACAGCGGCGGUAAUGCGAAGCAACACCACCCCGUGCAUGCCCCGUCUCCCUUGUCGCCUGCGUCCGACAUAGCCUCCCGCCCCGCCAGCUCUAGAGUCCUAAACCCUGCACCAGCUCCCGCCGGUCCGGCGAGAGUUACUCCCAAGAUUGCCACGGCUUCCUCACCCACCACCGACCUGCCAGCACCGUCUCCUCUGGGAGGCGGUCCAGCAAGCGGUAGCUAUGUAGUUCCACCUCGACCGAAGCCCGGUCGCAAGCCUGCGACCGACGAACCGGCUUCGAAACGAAAGGCCCAAAACCGGGAAUCGCAAAGGGCCUUCCGAGCGCGCAAAGCUGCGAAACUUACCGAGAUCCAAUCUGCAGCCGAAACCGCAAAUUUGCAGCACCAGCAAGAGAUGAAUCUCAAAGAAGCCGAGCUGACCCGCAUGCAAACCCAUGUCAAGCAAAUGCAGAGAGAAUUGGACAGGCUACGGAACGAAGCAAGGCGGUCAGAGUCGCUGAUCAAGGAUAUGACUAGAGAGCGCGAUCAAUGGAGGGCCAAAACAUUCGAACGGGAUGAGACCAUCAAGCAGCUCACUUCAAGAGACGAUUCUGCCGUGGGUAUGGGCUGGGCCGAUCAGUCGGUUCAAGGCUUCCACAACGCCUUGAAUGCUUCCAGUCACAGUUCUCCUUCACGGGACUCUCUAGGCCCAUUUACACCUCUCACGAGCGCUUCGCACGAUCACACGCCGCGAGCAUCAGACUUGGGCUGCUCGAACUGCAACGCUACUGCAGGCGAGUGCGCUUGCAUGGACGAGUUGACGAGAUAUUCGACUUCGACUUCUGCUCUGGACUCCGUGCCUCUCGCUCGUGCCUCCCACAGGAACCACUCGCACUCUGUGAAUCAUAACCACCAGGCCAAUGUCGUUAAUUUUGCCGAACGUGAGAUUGAUUUCACAGCCCAGUUCUCCAAGCCCAAGACUGUUCGUGACGACAAGACCUUGUCUAUUCCGUUCAUCACGGAUCCCGGAACUGCUACGGCAUCUCACGACAGGUGUGGCUUCUGUACCGACGAUUCGAAUUGUCUCUGCUUGGACCAGUCUUUGCAGCCAACCAAAGCUGAACAAUCGGCGCCUACCCAAACGACAAACUCCCAUUCCACAACCGGACCCGGUACUUGCGAUGACUGCAUGCGAGAUCCUAAACAACGUGCUUGGUGUCAGAGAAUAUCCCAGUUGAGAAGUGAACACAGACCAGCCGGGUCAUCGCCAUCGCCAAAGCCCAAAUCACGCACCGCGAGCGUGAGCAGUGGAAUCAGCCCAAUGGAACCACGCAUCGACCCUGGCCCCGAGGAUGGUCGCAGCUCCAUUGGUUGCAGUGACGCCUAUAGGCUACUGGAUGGGCGUGUUCCAACCGAUCGCGAGGAUACCGACUGGAGUGGCCUUCAUCCUCACUCACCUUCGAUGCGCAGAGACACUCUACCCGCCAUUGAUCCUAGCAGGAAAUACAGUGCCCUGGAGCUUGAUACGGCCGGUGUCAUUGCAACACUGCAGCAGACCAUUGGACCAAUUCGUCCACGAAUCGAAGAUGGUCAACAUGCCAGUAUUGUGCGGCUCGCCCAAGAUCAUCAGAGGGCCAGCAGUUCACCAAGAGUGAGAACCAUGGACGAUUCUUCGCGGUAGUAGAAGGGUCAUUUCUUGAUACCUAAUAUUUUACAAUGCAUGUUGUCGUCAGGCCUGGCUUUCUUAUCUGCCUUGGGCUUAUCUUUUGUUCAACAUAGCAUAUCGCAUUUCAUUCUUGCGUGUAGCAUGCAUGUUGCGUAGCUUCGGAGGCUGCAAAAUCUGCAGCAACGAAGACGCUAGAACAAUGGGCGGCAUUUUCAUUAAUCAUGGAGUUAUGAAUUCUUAUGUCUUGUGGGUGUGAAUAAUAAAAAAACCACAAGCCUAGAGGUGAUUUGGGGCUCUUUUUUUUUUUAAUUUUACACGACAACGUAGUUAUGCAAUAUGCGAUGAGUGCUUAACGCUUCAUGCCAGCCAACAUUGUCCGGCCAUGGACUCACGUAGUCUAUCAUAG